AUGAAAUUUAUUUGUGCUACUGGAUUACUUAUUAAUAUAUUAAUUCAUGGAAACAUUUGUGAUGAAAAGUUUAAUGAUGAUGGUAGUGCAAUAAUAAGAAUCCCAAAUUCACGUUCACAAGGUUUUAUUUAUAAUCCUGUUCUUCCUGACAAUAAAAAAGUUAAAUAUUUUCCUCCACCAGAAAUUCCAACAGUUCCAAAAGAACUUUGGGAUAUAAUAAGUAAACCAAUAAAACGUGAACCACCUAAACUUAUCAUUAGAACAGAUGUAACUGAGGAAGAAUUUAAUAAAUUUGCCGAAGAACCUUUUGUUAAAUCAACAAAUAUUGUAAAAUCUAAUAAUGAAAUUGUAAAAGAGACAAAAACUCAAAUAUCUCCAGUAAAUUUUUCUAUUCAUAAAUUAGAGUCUCAGAUUAAAAUAAAACGUAUAUAA